AUGCCCAUCAAAACAUUCCUUCUAUCAGCAGCAACAAGCCUCCUCGUAUCCACCACCACCACCACCCUCGCUCAAAAUGUCACAACAACAACCACCCUGACCCUCCCCCUCUACGGCCUCGACCCCACCCAAUCCCUCGCCGCCUCCGUAAUCGCCGCUUCCCCCAAUGCCACCACCCUCUACAUCAACUGUCUCGAAUCUCCCUCGGACCCUCUAGCCUGCGUGGGAUUCGCGUACUCGAGAACUCUGAUCACGGGACCCGAGACUUAUCGCUUGGAAGUUUCCGAGGCGGAUUUGACUUCUACGCAGGAUUGUUCUUCUGGGAAGGAAAUGGGAAUGGCAAAGACAGGUGUUGUGUGUGAGGAGUACAUGACGAGUGGGGAAGCUGUGAAUUAUCAGGGCGUCGCGACGUAUCCUUUAGAUGGGGUCACGGCUUUUGAGGUUGCUGUUACUGCUGGGGUGGGCAAACUGAUGGAGGCGGAAGAGACGGGUGGUGCUACUGCUACACCCUCCUCCUCCUCCUCCUCUUCUCCUGGUGUGACUGCUACGAUGACGGGCGAUGCGCCGAGUGGGAGCAUGACUGGUGCUGCGGCCGCCAGAGGUGUGGGGAAAGAGAUGGCGCUUCUGGCUGUUGUUUGUGGAAUGGGGAGCUUGUGGCUUUGA